AUGGAGCGAGGAGGUUGCUGCAAGAUUCAACUGAUUGAUCAAGACAGGGAGUUCAAUGAGAGAGGACUCGCAAACUUCAUGAGGACCACCUAUUUCUUGAACUCUGGCUUCUCUUAUUCUAUUGUUGCAAUUUUGGGACCUCAAGGUAGCGGCAAGAGCACCCUAAUGAAUCAUCUCUUUGGUACCAAUUUCGUGGAGAUGGAUGCAUACCAAGGAAGGUCUCAAACAACCAAGGGAAUUUGGAUUGCUAAGUCUCGUAGUGAUAUUGGGACUUUCACAAUUGCCAUGGAUUUGGAGGGAAGCGACAGCAGGGAAAGGGGCGAGGAUGACACUGCAUUUGAGAAACAAAGUGCCCUCUUUGCCUUGGCUACUGCUGAUAUCGUUCUAAUAAACAUGUGGUUCCAUGACAUUGGUCGGGAGAAGGCUGCCAACUAUCCACUUCUAAAGACAGUUUUCCAGGUCAUGAUGCGUCUAUUCAGCCCCCGCAAACAAACGUUGUUUUUCGUUAUACGCGAUCCAAGUGCAAAGACUCCAUCCAGCCGCGUGGUGGAGGAUCUAAGGAAAGAUAUUCUGAAGAUAUGGGAUGGAAUUGCCAAACCUGAGCCUCAUGAAAGUGCUCCUAUUGGUAAAUUUUUUGAGUUGGAAUUUUUUUGUUUGCCUAGCUAUGAAGAAAAGGAGGAGCAGUUUAAAGAGAAGGUUGCCGUAUUAAAACAGCGGAUUUCAGGCCUUGUUGGUGAUAAGCGGGAAGUUAAUAUCCCUGCUUCAGAUUUUUCUCUCAGUGUGCAGAAGGAUAUCCAUGCUUCAGAUUUUUCUCUCAGUGUGCAGAAGAAAUGGAAAGAUAUAAAAGAGAACAAGGAUCUAGAUCUUCCUGCUCACACGGUUAUGGUCGCCAAUUUUCGGUGCGAACAGAUUGCUAAUGAGAAGCUCAAACGCCUGGCCUCUGAUAAGUUUUGGUUGGCUUUGAAAGAAGAUGUUCAACGUGGUCCGGUACCAGGGUUAGGAGAAAAACUCAAUGAUAUUGUGAGAACCUAUAUUUCAGAAUAUGAGAAGGAGACUGUCCACUAUGAUGGACGUGUAAGAGCUGCAAAACGGCAGCAGUUGAAAUCUAAAGCAUUCAAUGUGGUUCAUGUUGCCUAUGCUACAAACUUGGGACAUUUACGUACCAAGAUACUGGAUAGGUUCAAGACUACGCUGAUAGACUCGCUGAACAAAGGAAAAGGAUUUGCUGAAUCUGUUAGUACUUGUGAGGAGGAUUGCAUGCGCGAGUUUGACAGGGAAUAUAAAGAUGCUGCCAUAAGAGAGGCUAACUGGGAUACUUCAAAAAUCGAGGAAAAACUUCGUAGUGAUGUCAAGGCACAUACUUUAUCAGUACUAACUACCAAGUUGUCGGAACUGGAAGCCAAUUUUAAGUCGACUAACGUGAACCACUCGAACGAAGCGACGGUGGCGGUGGCAACGAUAGGGCUGGUGACCGCAGCGGUGUCAACAACGGUAGCCGUGACUAUGCCACAUGUGGCUGUAGGAGUGGGGUUAGCAAUGGGGGCUGUGAAGGUGGCUUCUGAUCAAGGAGAUUACAGGCCUCAAAUCCCCCCUGGCUUGGAGUGGCUGGAAGAGCACCCUGUUGAAUCAUCUCUUUGGUACCAAAUUUGUGGAGAUGGAUGCAGGCAAAGGAAGGGCAUUUGGAUUGCGGAGUGUAGUGGUAUGGAGACUUUUACUAUUGCCAUGGAUUUGGAGGGAACUGACAGCCGGGAAAGAGGCGAGGAUGACGCUGCAUUCGAGAAACAAAGUGCCCUCCUUGCUUUGGCAACUGCUAACAUUGUAUGGGCUGAAGUUGCUAAACCUGAGACUCAUACAAGUACUCCUCAAAGUGAAUUUUUUAAUGUGGAGUUUGCUGCUUUGUCUAGCUAUGAAGAAAAGGAGGAGCAGUUUAAAGAGCAGGUCGAUCAACUAAGACUGCAAAUUUCCAAUGCCAUUUCUCCAGGAAUCCUUCCUGGUGAUGGAGAGGGGGUUGUCCCUGCUUCAGGAUUUUGUUAUAGCAUGCAGAAGAUAUGGAAAACUAUAAAAGAGAACAAGAAUCUGGAUCUUCCUGCUCACAAGGUGAUGGUUGCCACUUUUCGUUGUGAAGAGAUUGCCAAGGAGAAGCUCAAACUCUUUACAUCUGAUGAGGAUUGGGUGUCAAUGGAAAAGGAAGUUCAAGAUGGUCCAGUAUCAGGGUUUGGGGAAAAAGUUAGCUCUAUUUUGGGAUUCUAUCUUUUAAAAUAUGAUGAGGAGUCCAUCUUUUUUGAUACUGGUGUUAGAAAGGAAAAACGGCAACUGUUUGAAUUAAGUGCAUUUGAUGGAAGUAAAGUUUCUUUUCUGGUGGUAUACCGAGCUUAUGGUACGAUGCUGGGACAUUUAAGUUCUCGGGCACUUGAAAGUUUUAAGAGUAGAUGGAAACAGUCACUGAGCAAUGGUAAAGGAUGGGCUGCAUCUGUUCAUACUUGUACAGAGUCUUGCAUGCUUGAGUUUGAUAAAGGAUGUGAAGAUGCUGCCAUAAGGCAGGCUAGUUGGGAUUCUUCAGACGUCCGGGAAAAGCUUUGUCAUGAAAUCGAGACAUAUGUGUCAUCAGUUAAGAGUAGCAGCUUGUCAGAAAUGUUAGCCAAAUAUGAGGCUGAAAUAAGAAUGCAUGUUAGGCAUAGAACUGGAAUUGCUAUUUCAAAAUUUUCAGAUGCUGUUGGUAGUUUUGAUUUGGAUGGAUCUACAAUUGACAGAAAGAAGCGGUGUUUAAGUGAGUUUGCAAGAAAUUUAGUGGAGAGAAAGGCAAGAGAAGAAGUAGGGAAAGUCCUGUUCCGCAUGAAGGAUAGGUAG